AUGGACGAAAACGAUUCUCGAGGUCUUUUGAAGUAUGUGCUUGGGUUUUUCGCUAGAAAACGACCGGAGAGGUCUGCGCAGCCCGCGUCGUUGAGAUCGCGCACACGCGAAGCCUGGCUUCGGACGGAUGCAUAUCUGCAGCAUGAUGCCGACGACUUGGACGAGGUUGAUCCUGAACGUCUUGCAAAGGUCUUGCGUGUAUGUGAAGACUAUUUUCAGUACGACUCUGCCCGAGAACCAGACUUUCAUGAUGUGCCGUAUCCGAAGCUUCAGAUGAUGCGCAGCGUGAUCGAGCGUCCGAGUCGAAACUCGCAUUCCAGCCCUGAAAUCUCCAUUCGCCCUGGUAAACGAAGAAGAGAAAGUGAAGCUGUCAUUCAAGAACUGGCAGAUUUGUCCAGUGACGCUAAGAGACGCCGGGUGCUACCUCGGGAAAAGCCAGCCACAUGCGAUGACCCCGAAGACCCAAAUGCGGACUUCGCCGUGCUAAUGAGAAGACGUUUAUUAUCCUUGAACAAUGCGUUACGAAGGGAUUGGAUCUGUGUUUGCCACAAGUGCUCUGGACUAAGCGUUCGACUUUCGCUGCCACGACAAAAGAAGGAUCUGAAGGUCGAGUCGUGCUUCGAAGUGUUCUUCGGCGUACGGUCUCUUCUUGCGGUAGAGUUGCAAGAAGCCAGAAUAACUGUCAAGAGCACAUCUGAGCCUCUAACUUGCGACGCCUCCGAUUGUGCCCACAUAUGUCAAAGCAUUACAGAGUCUCUUGGCCAAGCAAAUUGCUUGAAUUUUGCUCUUGAAGAUGGAAGGUUUCAGAGGCUUCGUCCGCAGCCGAAGACCUUUGGUGGUGAUCGCACGUCUGGAACAGUUUCCUUGUCGGCAUUAUUCAAGCGUCAGCAGGAACUAUGCGGUGGCUCAUCUGCAUUGCCAUUCAAGGGUAAGCGGAUUUUGGCCGUAACUCUGGCUACCGCGCUUCUUCCAUUUCUGGAGACACCGUGGCUGCAGCCUUCCUUCAAUCACUCAAAGAUUCUGUUCUUUGAGCCACUGCAGAGUGGAGAAUUACCAGAUAUUACGAAACCUUUCCUCGCCAUGGAGCACAUCCCAAUCCAUUCAAACCGCAGUGAAAAUACUGGCGUCGGUUCGGAGAACUCUAAACACAGGGUACACCCCAAUGCCAGUGUGCUAGCGCUUGGUAUACUCUUGUGCGAGCUUCAUUAUUGCACACCCGUGGACCUGAUGCAGAAGGACUCGUCCACCACCAGAAAUGUCAAUACUGACUAUUAUACCAGUCUUGAAAAGCUUAAAUCUUUGGAAGCUGAUGCUAGCGUUGAUUACUAUCUUGCUACCAAGGCAUGCCUGCAGUGGGAGUACUUACCCCCUGGACAGCAGGCUGACUUUGAAUCGGUCAGCGUACAGCGCCUAUUUUACCAAAAUGUUGUCAAGCGGCUUGAGGCUGAGAUACUCAAUGGGUGGAAACUUCGAUUGGAGGACCUGGGCUCAUUUGAGUCUCAAGAGAAUAGGCUCCGCUGGGGCUCCAUCGGCUGCGAGGUUGUGCGCCAUCGAACAGACAAGGCGGACUCACAUGAUAAAAGUAUCGGUGCCCAGGCAAUUCCGGAUCGUUCUAAUUCUGACGUCACGCCCGCGGGUUACACAUCGUUCACCUCAGAUAUGGCUCUACAUAUGGCGACACAGCCUCCUUUGAAAACGCAACUAAGCGGACAUCUGGCGGAGCCGCCAGCGAAGAGCUUGUGUUUCUUUGAUGCAAGCUACCAGGCGAGUUGUGAAGAAGAGAGUCAACUUUCGCAACAAUGGAUGGACAACCUUCUGUCUUCCAUUCAUCGCUUUGUUGACCCUUACGAAUCGGUCGAAGCCGGACCCAGAGCCUUCGAACCGGUGCGGAUAGCGAUCCUAGAUUCCGGGUUCGAUCCUGAAAAUCCACUUCUAAUGAUCGAAAAUGGACAACUAGAUCCACGAAUCAAGGCCGCGCGAAGCUUCAUCGCUGAUACAAAACCAGAAGACAUCCGAGACGAGAUCGGGCAUGGCACUCAUGCUCUUGGACUUCUGCUCAAAGUUGCCACGUGUGCUGAGAUCUAUAUCGCCAGAAUCGCGCAUCGAGAGACACUCGAUCUUUCCGAAUGGAAAGUGGACAUCAUCUCGAUGUCAUUCGGGAUUCGUGAACACAGCCAGCCAAUAAAAGCAGCCAUAGCCAAUGCUAUACACUGUCAGACAUUGUUAUUUUCGGCGGCAUCGAAUGAUGGAGCGAACCUUGGCAGGGCCUAUCCAGCUCAAGAUCCCAGCGUCUUUUGUAUUCACUCAACUGAUGGACAUGGUAAUCCUUCCAUGUUCAACCCGACCGCAGACGACAAAGACGUCAACUUCAGUCUACUUGGGGAGUGCGUCUCCUCUCAUUGGCCAGUUGGCAAAGAUGGCCGCGGUCAAACUGUCAAGGUCCUGUCAGGUACAUCGGUCGCAACCCCUAUAGCCGCUGGGCUGGCAGCAUCGGUUCUGUCCUUUGUCCGACAGCAAGACCAACAUAUCAAACCAGGCAGUGAGCCACUGGGGCCGUGGCUAAAGGAUUUUGGCUCAAUGGAUGCGGUUCUGAGGAGUAUGGUCAGGCAUACAAGAGGAGCAGGCUAUCACUACCUCACGCCCCAUGUAAUGUUUGAUAGAGAGUCGACAAGGAAGCAUGUCUAUGAAAAGAUUGAGGACAUCAAGAAACACAUGUAUAGCUAG